AUCAAGGCUCGCCCAAGGGCUAGUGCCAAAUGGUCGGUCAGGCCAAAAGGCUCCUCCAGGAGCAAAUAUUAAUCAGCUGACGUGGAGCACUGUUUUGGAGCACGACGCUCAAGCUUAUGCGAACACCUGCCCACAGAGUGGUUCCAAUCAAGCGUCGCGCAGUGAUCAAGGCGAGAAUUUUGCAAGGAUUUCAUCCUACGAAGCUAAUUCUAAUCUCGUAGCAGCCUUUAAGGAGUCCACUGAGGCUGGAACAUCGAAGAAGGUCCAGCGUAAAGAGCGAUA